UGCUGCUUGGUCUGCCUAGGUUGAGUAUAGCUUGAUGUCCUCAGUGAACUGUACCAUGGAGCUAUCCAGAGAGCAACACCGUGUCCCCCUUAGUGAUGGCAACAGCAUCCCCCUGCUGGGACUGGGCACCUAUGCUUCCCCCCGCACGACCCCAAAAGGAACCUGUUUGGAAUCAGUUAAAUUGGCUAUAGAUAUCGGAUAUCGACAUAUUGAUGGGGCCUUUGUCUAUUGUAACGAGCAUGAGGUGGGACAAGCUAUCCGUGAGAAGAUUGCAGAGGGCAAGAUUAAGAGAGAAGAUAUCUUUUACUGCGGGAAAUUGUGGAAUACGUGUCACCCACCAGAACGUGUUCGUCCAACGUUGGAGAAGACACUGGAAAUCUUGGGAUUGGAUUACGUAGAUUUAUAUAUUAUCGAAUUGCCAAUGGCAUUUAAGCCGGGGGAUGAAAUCUACCCAAAGGAUGAAAAUGGAAAAUUUCUUUACCACGAGACAGACCUCUGUGCUACAUGGGAGGCUUUGGAAGAAUGUAAAGAUGCAGGACUUUGCAAAUCCCUGGGAGUGUCCAACUUCAACCGCAGGCAACUAGAACUGAUCUUGAACAAACCGGGAAUCAAGCACAAGCCUGCAUCCAACCAGGUCGAAUGCCAUCCUUAUUUCACCAAUCCAAAAUUAUUGGAGUUCUGCAAACAACAAGAGAUCGUCAUCGUGGGCUAUAGUCCUCUAGGAACUUGUCGCGAUGCACUGUGGGUGAACGUGUCCUCUCCGCCUCUCCUGGAAGACGCUACCUUGAAUGCAAUAGGCAAAAAGUACAGCAAGUCAGCAGCCCAAGUUGCAUUACGAUUCAAUGUCCAGAGAGGUGUGGUAGUCAUUCCAAAGAGCUUCAAUCCAGAUCGGAUCAGAGAAAACUUCCAGAUUUUUGACUUCUCACUCACUGACGAGGAUAUGAAGACAAUUGAAGUUCUGAAUAAGAACAUUCGCUAUGUGGAACUGUUAAUGUGGAGUGAUCACCCAGAAUACCCUUUUAAGGAUGAGUACUGAGGUCCAGGUAUAAAAAGUCCUCUCCACCAUCAGUCAAUGAUAAACCACUCUUCUGGAGUGGACACUCUUCAUGAUCUUUCCAUCUUUAUCAGAUAACCAAAGACAGAAUACAUGCAUGAACAUACCAAGACAUCCCAAGGACAGAGUUUUUCAUAUUAAUCACAAAUAAAACUGUUUUUUUUU